CUACUCUGAGCAGCAGUAGAAGAAGGCGUGAAUGACGCGCUGCCUCCGCCACCAUGAACGCAGCCGGGACACCCUCUGCUGUUCAUUUCAGACAAUAAGCAUUGUUUUUGCAACAAGUGCUUGAAUCCUUGCAUUGGGCAACAGUAGAUGCGACACCGAAUCGCUAUUCCGGUCCUGCAGAAUGUCCAAGAUAAGGCGGAAAGUAACAGUAGAGAAUUCCAAAACUAUAUCUGACAGCAGCAGCACCACAACAACCAGCAGCACCAGUAACCCUGCCGCCCCCUCCCGCAGGCCCAGUGUGUUUGAAAGACUUGGUCCCAGCACUGGGAGUAAUGCAGCAGAUAGUCACUGCAGAAAUUGGUUAAAGACUGGUAAUUGCAGUUACGGCAACACUUGUCGCUACACACAUGGCUCUCAGCCGCGAGGCAAAGGAUUCAGCUUCAGUCGGUCAUCUGAGAGGCCCACAGGAGAUUUACGGGAGAGGAUGAAGAAUAAAAGACAGGAUGUGGACCCAGAGAACCUGAAGCCAGACCUUGAUGAGCCCACGUCCCCUACAACAAGACAGCGAGACUCCUCCAGAGGCCGUCACCGGGAGAAGGAGGACAUAAAAAUUACAAAGGAGCGCACACCCGCCAGUGAAGAAGAGCCCGCAGAUUGGGAAGCUAGUCGUGAAGACUCUGAUAUUGGUGACUACGACUACGAGUUAUCCCUAGAAAUGAAGCGCCAGAAGAUUCAACGUGAAUUGAUGAAACUGGAACAGGAAAACCAGGAAAAGAGGGACGAGAUUGUCAUUAAGAAAGAUGAGACUCCCACUAAAACCAGAAACACCUCCAUGACUAAACCUUCCCCGGAGCACUUGAGUUCCAAAGAUUCACCCUCACCAAGGAAAUCAGGCACCUCCCCGAAACACAAAAGUGGAACCAAAGGAACUGGGUCAGGGAAGAAAGACAAAAGGACAUCUCUGUCCUCACCAGUUUUAGAAACUACCAAGUCUUCAAAAGGGAGCCAUAGCAAAAAGAAAGGCCCUCGUACUCCCAGUCCUCCUCCCCCAAUCCCGCUGGACCUCCCAGUGACAGGCAAAAAACACAAAGCAAAGCACAAAAACAAGGAAAAAUCUGAGGAAAAGCAGAAGGAAGGAAAGGAUCGGGGAAGAGAUGCAGAAAAACACAAAGAAAAGAAAGAAAAACGCAGAGAUCGCUCGGACAGUUCCCAUAAAGCCAAGCGGUCUGUGACAUCAGAGGAACGUUCUGGGAGUGUGUCGUCUCCUUCCAGAGGACCUUCACCAGCACGGAAGAAAUCCACCUCUCCCAAAUCCCAUAAAACCUCUGUGCUCGUGUCUCCUCCUCGCAGGUCGCCCUCUACUCAUCGUCACCACUCUCCUUCUUCCCACUCUGGUUCCUCUGCCCAGCGCCACUCUCCAUCUCCACGUAGACAGCGCUCCUCCUCUCCUUCUUACCAUCGCAGCUCUGCUGCCGCUGCAUCUACCUCCUCUCCUCAGAGCUCUCACCACUCCAGAUCACCUGUAGUCUCCCAUGAUGCCUCAUCCCCACAUCGGCGAUCUGAAAGAUCAAGUCCAGGGCGCCACCAUUCCAGGGGCCGCAACAGGAGUCGUGGUGACAGAGAGCGGAGUUCUCCUGUCCAUGAACAUAGACACGAGCGUAGAGAUGAGAGCCGCAGCAAACGAGACAAAGAUGGAGGCCGUGAUGACCGAGACUAUGACUCUGAACAGAUCUCAUCACGAGACAUCCGCGAUGACAGAGACUCUAAAGAUGCUCGUGAACGACGUGAUGCUCGUGAUCGAGGGAGAGAGACAACAAGAGACUCUCGUGACCAUAGAGACAUCAGGGAUGUAAAAGACUCUAAAGAGAGUAGGAUAGAAAGUAGAUCGAAUCGAGAGUCCCUAGAGCGACGGGACCGUGAGCGGGAGCGAGAGAGAGAGCGUGAAAAAGAGAGGGAUAAGGACCGAGAGAGAGAAAAGGAGCGUGAAAGAGAAAGGACUGACUCCUACAGAAAAGAGGACAGCUCUCAGGAUGAUAGGACUUAUGGGCGGGGUCAUGGACGAGAAGAUGGAGGAAGAGCAGAAGCACGGGCCGAAAACAGGACAGACAAGGCAGAAAAGAAUGGAAAAGGAAGAGGACGUGCAAAUGAAACAGCAGACAAAGGUUCCAACAGAAGUUCGCGGGGUUCCCAACUGGAAAGCUCCCAUGACACCUGGGAGUCACGCAGCAGUGCAGUACGCGAUCGAAGCGCGGAGAGGAGCGGUGCGAAUGAAAGAAGCUCCGACAGAGGCUCAGACCGAGAUCGCUACGAAAGCGACCGAAGAGAGCACGUCAGAGACUCGUCCUAUGAUAGGAGAGCAGGACAUGGAGAGCGGGAUCGCAGAGACAACAGAGAAAGAGAUCAAAGAGCAGCCAGUCCAAACAGACAUCAGGGGAGGUCAGAGGAGUCGGAGAGGGAAGAGAGGAGGGAGGACCGCAGGACAGAUAGAGGGGAGGACAGACGGGAUGACCGGGCCCGGGACAGAGAAAGAGAGAGAGAAAGGGAGAGGGAGAGAGAAAGGGAAAAGGAGAAGGACAGAGAGAGAGAAAGGGAGAAGGAACGAGAAAAGGAGAGAGAGCGGGCCAGGGAGCGGGAGCGAGAGAGGGAGCGGGAAAGGGAGCAGAGGGAGAGAGAAAGGCAGAGGGAAUGGGAAGAGAGGGAGAGGGGGAGGGAGGAGAGACGGGAGAGGAGAGAAGAGACCAGGGAAGACCGGUCGACUCGAGACGUACGGGAUGAUCGCAAGACGAGUCGGAAGAGGCCCAGGCAGGACAGCAGCUCGAGCCCCCACGCGUCUCCAAAGCAAACAACAAGGGACGCAAGUCCAGCAGACAGCGAUGGCUACAACAGUGGAGAAGAGAAAAGUGAGCGUCUGAUUGGCCGAGGGCAGGCCAAGCUUCACCCACAGCCCCUUCUUCCCAGCCCAGUGUGUCCACCUCCAUCUGACAGUAGUGACAAACAUCGUCUUCUGAGCCAAGUGGUACGACCCCAAGAGCCUCUGUUACGUUCACCAUCACGGGCUGCACCGUCUGAUGACAAACCUACUCGCUGGAAGGAUGAGGAGCGCAGAGGAGGCACCGACAAAUGGGAGUCGCGUAGUCGACAUGAGGAGCCAGAGACCCGAGCAGAGCGCAGCAGAGGAGGCGAAAGACGAGGAGAUCAGACCUCAGACCCACCACUGGAGUCUCGUAGCAGAGGCAGAGACCAGAGAGAGUCGACAACACCACCUCCUUCAGUUCUUCCCACUAGCAGCGAAGAGAGAAACACUGCUGCAACACAGUCCCAGGAGGAAGGCAAAAGAAAAACAAAGUCUCAGAGGAAGGGGCAAAAGAAAGGUCGAAAAGAUGAGGAGGUUGACGUCAGCAGCAGUCUUCCUACUGCAGGGGAUCGCUUCCACCUUGACCCUCCACCGGUGGCUCCUGCAGAAGUUUCUGCUCCUCUGCCAUCUCCCAGAAAAGUGGUCAAAAAGAAGGUCCUGGAUCGGAAAAGAAAACGAUCCCGAGGACCAGAGUCUGAUGUGUCUGAGGAGGAGACAUCAGCUCAUCAACAGCAGGGUAAGAGAAAGAAAGGUCCCAGGACUCCGCCACCUUCUAUGAGGCCUGAUCACCGUGCUACUGUAGACAAUGUGGAGCCUUCUCCACAGGCCAAAGUGGACAACUUCAGUGACUGGUCAGAUGAGGAAGUCAUAGGUCGUGGAGGAGCUUCACUGGAAACACAAGCUCCUCCUCCAGCUCCUACUGAGCCUUUGAGGAGAAGUGGUGGAGCCAGGCUGGGAAGAGACAGAGAAAGGUGCAAUCCUCCAGCCAUCGCUCCUCUACUCUCCCAGGAUCCUCCAAUGCUGCUGCAAACUUUGACUCCUCAGCCACUCAUGUCUCAACCACUGCUCCGUAAACCUCCUCCAGAGCAGGCACGCAGCAGCAGUAUGGGUAGCAACCAGAGCCGGACAUCUUCCAGACGACUGCGGUCACCCUCCAAUGAAUCAGCUCACCGAGAAGAUGCGCAGGGUUCUCGAUCCCACCGUGGACGCCUUCAGGGCAACAACUCGCGUGACAGGGAGAGAGAGCGAGACAGAGAGAGGCAGACUGUCACUGAACCUCCUGUAACAGAGAGGAAAUCCAGAAUUGACCAGCUGAGGAGAGGAGAGCCAAGUCGCAGCACCUCCUCAGAUCGACAGGAUUCCCGCAGCCACAGCUCCAGGCGCAGCUCCCCUGACUCUGAGAGGCAGACCCGAUCCAGGUCUCGCGCUGGCUCUUACGACAGUCGUGAAAGGGAGAGAGAAAGAGACAGGGAGCCAUUUGAUCGGGACAGAAAAGACAUCCGACCACAGCAGCAGCCACAGCAGCAGCAGCCUCCACUGAUCCUCCAGCAGCCGCUGCAACAACGAGACUGGGAAGCUGAACCAAGAGAGUGGCCAAACAGGGGACGAGAGCCCCUGCUCAUGCGUCCUGGCCGAGAACCCAACCUAAGAGAGCGGGACAUCAGGGACAGGGAACGUUUACUCCCCGAGGGACUCAUGCAGCAGCAUGAACGGGAACGAGAGAGGGACAGAGAAAGAGACAGCAGAGGUGAGCGGGGCGGAGAUCGAGACAGAGACAGAAUGUUGAUGAUGAUGGACCUGCCCCAACAUGGGGAUCUUAGGACUGUGGGGCGAGGAGACACAAGGCAGGACAGAAGUGACUAUGAACCUCUGCUGCCAAGAGAAGUCUUCAGUCCACAAGACACAGACAAAACAAGCAACAGUCACCACCUGGGUGUAGAACGGGAACACGAGAAGGCGGACAGCAUUGAUGGAGAGGAUGACGGCAGAGACGACGAUGCUCAGUCAGUGGCGUCUGUAGGGGAGGAGUACGAACCAAUCAGUGAUGAUGAGCUGGAUGUAAUUCUGGCUGACAGCCAGAAAAAAGAGGAUCAGCAGGAUGAUGACAAACUCACAGGUCCUCUGGAUGUUAUAGAUGUGGACUGGUCCAGCUUGAUUCCAAAACAGAAGCAGGAGCAGCGGACACCAGGUGCAGCGCUGCUCCGUUUCACUCCUGCAGCUGUGCUGCUUCGAGCCGGCAUCUCAAAGAGACUCGCUGGUCCUGAGCUUCUGGAGAAAGUCAAGGAUGUAUGCAAGACUGAGCUGGACGACCCGAAAGAUGCUGAAAAAAUGUUUGAGCAUGACCUUGGAGCCCUGAAUAUGGCAGCGAGGAGAAGGCGUGUGGAGAGAGCAGGUUUACUCACCAACCUUGGUCCUUGCUGUAAAGCCCUGUGCGCUCGUAGGGACUUUGCCAUUCGUCGCCAGCUGUUAAAAAAUGACAAGGGCCUCACCAAGCAGUACCUGACCGCGCCUGUAGUGGACAAUGAGCUGCUGCAGAUGAGCAUACGUCUCUUCAGAAGGACAAUGGCAGGUCAGGUCACAGCCCCAGAACGUUCUGACAAUGCCUUGGCACCAGCUGCUGAGGUGUCAGCAGGGGGCAGUAGUAAGCUGAACACAGCUCAGCCUGAGACCUGUCCUGACAGAAAUGGCCUCACAGAAUAAAGGAUGACAGAGUAUUCCUCUUUACUCAACUAUAUCCUUUUUUUUCCUUUUUGUACACAGGCAGACUAUUUUUAACAGGACAAAACACAUUUAGAAAAUGUAUAUCCAUAUCUACAAGUUUUCCGUUGUGCUUCAUAUGUGAUGGAUGAUUUGCAAGUACCGUGCUGGUGGUUGUACAUUAUUUUAGGCCUUUGUAGGUAUGGAUUUCAUUAGCCAAUUAAAAAAAAUAAACCUGAUGUAUUUCACUUUCAUGCAGUAGUUGCUUUGAAAUUGUCUUUUACAUCUGCAUAGCCAUAUUACUUGUUUUGUUUUAUCAGAUUGUGUUGGUUACUGCAACUGUGCAUUAAAAUAACCUGACAUUGAUGUA